UUACGGUACAGGGUAUCAUGGCGCAGGGGAGGCCGAAGAGAUCCGUGGCAUCAAACUUUAAUUUCAGCACGAUUUCUGCGGUUUUAGCGCGCCAUACUCUCUAAAAUCGUUAACAUCCGGUGAAAACAAGUACUGAUGAAAACAGCGUUCUGAGCACAACCACAGGAAGCCGAGACAUCCAGAGAGGAGAGAUGGAAAAGCCAGCCUUGCAGACACAACCAUCCACGCUGCCUUUUUUCGACACGGCCCACGCCUUCAACCUGCUGCGGGGAAUCCAUGAGCUCCGUGCCGAACGGAAGUUUUUCGAUGUGACUUUGUGCGCUGAGGGCCGCGAGUUUCACUGCCACCGCACAGUGUUGGCCGCUGCCAGUACCUACUUCCGGGCUAUGUUCGCGGGAACUUUGAGGGAGAGCGUUAUGGACCGGGUGGUUCUACACGAGGUGUCAGCUGAGCUUUUAGGUCUGCUGGUGGACUUCUGCUACACGGGCCGCGUCACCGUCACUCAGGAUAACGUGGACGUCCUUCUGAAGACGGCUGAUCUGUUUCAGUUCCCGUCCGUCAAAGAGGCCUGCUGUGCUUUUCUGGAGCAGCGGCUGGAUGUGUCCAACUGCUUAGAGAUCCAGGACUUCGCGGAGGCCUAUGCUUGCAGAGAACUAGCGACCAGUGCUCGUCGCUACGUCCUAAAAAACAUAAUGGAGCUGGCUAAAGGGACGGACUUUGAGCGAUUGCCAUGGAAACGCCUCCUUGAGUUUGUGUCGGACGACGAGCUUUGCGUGGACAAGGAGGAGACGGUUUACCAAAUUGCCGUGCGCUGGGUGAAGGCGGAUCUCCAGCGGAGACUGCACUACUGGCCCGAGCUCCUCCAGCAGGUCCGGCUCCCCUUCGUCAGGAGGUUCUUUCUGUUGGCCCACGUGGAGAGCGACCCGCUCGUCUACCUUUCGCCCACCUGCCUCCGCAUGGUGAACGAAGCUCGCAGCUUCCAGUCCUGUGAGUACGACCGCCAUGACAGGCCCUGCCACCGCAUGCGGCCACGGCCAUCCACGGGAUUGGCAGAAAUCCUGGUGGUGGUUGGAGGCUGCGACCAGGACUGUGAUGAGCUGGUCACAGUGGACUGUUACAACCCCCAGACUGGACAGUGGCGCUAUCUGGCUGAGUUCCCUGACCACCUCGGAGGAGGCUACAGCAUAGCUGCCCUCGGGAAUGAUAUGUAUGUCUCAGGUGGCUCUGAUGGCUCUCGCCUCUAUGACGGCGUGUGGCGCUACAAUUCCAGUGUCAACGAGUGGACCGAGGUGUCGCCCAUGCUGAAGGCCCGCGAGUACCACAGCUCCUGCGUGCUGAAAGGUCAGCUGUACGUGGUGGCGUCGGACAGCACCGAGCGCUACGAUCACGCUCUGGACUGCUGGGAGGCCUUGCCGCCCAUGCUGCACCCCAUGGACAACUGCUCCACCACCACGUGCAGUGGACGCCUGUAUGCUAUAGGCUCUCUGACUGGGGAGGACACCAUGGCCAUCCAGAGCUACGAUGCAGACACCAACCGCUGGGCCAUGGUCAGCUGUGGACAGCUGCCCCCGUGGUCCUUCACACCGAAAACUGUGACCCUCAAAAGCCUCAUUUACUUUGUCAGGGAUGACUCAGCUGAGGUCGAUGUUUAUAACCCUCAAAAGAACGAGUGGGACAAGAUUAGUCCGAUGACCCAGGUCCACGUUGGAGGCAGCGUGGCGGUCCUGGGCGGUAAACUAUACGUGUCUGGUGGUUACGACAACACGUUUGAGCUGUCAGACGUGGUGGAGGCCUACGACCCCACCACCCGCACGUGGAGUCUAGCUGGACGACUACCUCAGCCGACCUUCUGGCACGGCAGCGUCAGCAUAUUCCGCCAGUUCAUGCCCCUGGUGUCCAGUGCGUUUGAAGCUAUCGACAUACCCGAGUCAAACGCCAUUCACCUGCACCGGCACCAGCGUCACCAAGCGCUCCACAACCUCAACAAUAAUCUCAACCAAAACCAAAACCAGAACCAGGAUGUGAACCCAGCGCACUGAGUUUGGACCCAGACGCUCUGUUUUCAGUCUGUUCCCCCUCGUUGUGCCAUGAGUAGUUUACCUCAUCGCAAUGCUGAAGUUGUUAAAGGCGGCAGAGAAGACUGAGCAUGUACAAAGUAGUCUGAGCUCCUUCUAAUCCACUGGACUGCCAAGCUGUCACACUGAUAAUUACUCAAGUCUGUUGACCGGAUGAAUUACAGACAGGUCUGGUGUUUCUCAGCCCCAUCUGGUCUCACUGUGUGGGAAACGGUACCAGAUAGACCUCAUAAAGAAGUUCAGGGAAGCGGCCGCCUUUUAUGCUCUUUAUCAAAGGUGGGGUAGUUAACAAACAGGUAGUCCCCAGGGUCGGGCUAUGCUCGAUCAGAACUGGGUCAUACAGUGUGAUAGUGAUGGAAGUCCAAAGUGUUUUUAGUUUUUCUGAACGGCGACACGCCAGCCUUCAGAAUGGGGGCUAGCGAUAUCAUUUUAAUGUGAGGCGUGAUGGCGUUCGCAGUGUUGCACCGUGACAGAAAUAACUGCGUGAAGAAUGAAAAAAGAGAGCUAGAGAGAGAAGUUUAAACUCUCCUGUCUCACCUCUGCACAUCUGAACAAUCACAGCUUGAAUGUCAGAUUGUCCGUUUUGGAAAAUUACCAAAAUUGUCUGACGCGGCGCCCCCUGAUCUAACAUUGGAAAAGCAACCAUCUGACAAGAUGAUCUGACCUUUCUCAUUAAACUGAAAUAUCCUGUUUGACAACAUUGUUGAUAAAACAUAAAUGUCAUCUUUAUGUCUUAAAGGAUAACUUUCGUUUUUUUAUCUUAUUUCUAGCAUUGAAUGCGACCAUUUACUCACCCAGACAACUU